CUCAAACAGACCGCCUAACGGGCCGCAGCCACAGCGCUCCGCUGGCGCCAUGCCGAAGAAGACCCACGGCCGCCCGCUGAGUGCCACCCGCUGGCGCGAGCGGACGCCGCGCGCGGCGGGCCGGGCGGGUCACGCGGUGGACGCGGUGGACACCGCGGUGGCGGUGUCUGUGGAGCUGAAGCGGAAGAAAAGCUUCGAGAGUUUGAAGCAGAAGUUAAGACGCUGGUGCACGGCUUCGGGUGACAACCGAUACCCCAGCAUGGCCUUUGAACGCUGGUGGCUCUCGGCGACCUUAUCCUCGCACGGCGGCGACCCGCUGUUGCCGGAGCUUCGGGCGGAGAACGAGGUGCUCAGCAGCGACCUCCAAGCCGUGGGCUUUCUGCCGCACGAAGCCCAGCAGCUGGUGCAACGACUGCACAGCGCCUCCGCAGGGCUGGCACGGCAUCUGCGGGACGCAAAGAUGCCCAGCGACGAGCACGUGGAGGUGGAGUUUUCCGAUCAAGGAGAGGUCCUGCUUCGCAGUGCUGGCGCGUCCGUGCGGCUUGCAGCUGCGGCGUACCAGAAGUUGCAGAAACUCUACCAGAUGCACUGCAAGAAGGACACGGAGGACUUCAAACGGGCAGCGCUGGUGGUAGCUUUGAGAUAUCAAAGCCUGGGCGGGACUGGCUUUCAGCUGGCCUUGCCGGUGUCUGCGUGGCAAGUACUGGAGGAGGACUUUGAAGUUGAGGCUGAAUGCUUUGCGUCGCCCUUCAACUGUUGGUUUCCCAGCUAUUGCAGUGCCUUCCCAGAUAGUCGGCGCACCAAGACGAGAGGAGAGUUCGCGCGAACGCCCUACCUGCCUGACUGCGCCAUGAACGGCCUGAGCAGCCUCAAUCUGGCGCGUCCACGUGCCGUCGCUUGCUCUGGAAGGCUGCCUGCUCUGAUGCUGGCGACCCUGGGCAUAAGCUUCGUGCCAGGCGCUCGUCCCUUUCGUGGCAGCGUGAGCCCUCGGAGCUUGUCGUCCCGAGAAGCUUUCCCUUGGGAUGCCGAGGGCAACGCCAAGGCCGAGCGCGCAUGGGCCUCGUUGCAGAAGUCGUACCCCAACGCUGUAGCAACGGGAGAGUACUUCGGUGGCGAGUGCAGCAAGGGCACCAUCAUCAGCCGCUAU